ACAAACAAGUUCAAUUGUGAAUGGUUUUAGAAAGUGUGGAUUAUAUCCUUUUAACCCCAAUGCCGUUGAUUUUUCCAAAUGUAUUUCAUAUCGAAGAAAUAUACUGUUUCCAACUACAAAUAAUGAUUCGAGCUUACAAAUUCCUGUUAAAACUUCAUCAGAAGAAUAUAAAGCUGCAUUAAAAGUGUUUGAAAGUUAUAUUGGGAGAGCAAAUACUGAAAUAUUUGAAAAAAAAUUGCAAGACCCUCUUCUUGAAGCUGAAAAAUCGCCAUCCUUAUUUGAUUUUUGGGUUAAAACUAAAAAAAAAUACUGAAAAUCUUAAUAUUGAAGAUAUGCCAGUUGAAAUUGCAUAUGAUAAUAGUGAUAAUCAGUUGUACGAAUGUGAUUUUGAUUUAUUGGAGCAUCAUAGCAUGAUCUAUGAAAUUGAACAACCUAGUGCUGGGAGUACAUAUACUGAAAAUAAUAAUAUUAAUAAUUUAACAACUGAAGGUGUGGAAAUUAAUUUAGAUGAUGUUUUUAAAGUAAAUGAGAUUGAUAAUAUCAUACUUGAAACUGUAAAUGAGAUGAAUAAGAUACGUAUGCAACUGUGAAUAAGACUGAUAUGUUUGAAACUGUGAAUAAGAUUGAUAUGUUUGAAACUGUGAAUGAGACUGAUAUGUUUGAAACUGUGAAUGAGACUGAUAUGUUUGAAACUGUGAAUGAGACUGAUAUGUUUGAAACUGAUGAGACUGAAAAUAAUAUGAAUGAAACUGUAUUAUGUGAUAUUGAAAUAGAACCUAAAAAUAUAAUAGAUUGUAGAGUUAAAAAGACUGAUAAUGUAAUAAGUGAGGGAGUUAUAGAAGUUAAUAUAGUUGAUAAGUGUCCAAAUGAAACCAUUCAAAAAGCAGUAACUGUAAAUAAAUCUAAUUUAAGUCCUGCAACAAUUGAAGAAUCACGGAGCAAACAUUUGUUUUGGCCAAAGCCUGACACAAAAAAGAAACAAAAUAGAAGUCAUGUAAAAUUACCAUUUGCUGUUACAGCAAUUACGUGGAGGGAAUAUCAUGCCAGUAAAGAACAAGAAAAACUAAAAAAAGAAGAAGAAUUAACACAAAAACGAAAACGUAAAGAGGGAAUAAAAAAAGAAAAAGGUCUUAAAGUUGUCAAAAAAAACCACAAAAAAACAGGAACCAAAAAAAUCAAAAAGUGAAAAAAAAAAUUAAAUCAGGAUUGAAUAUAAUUAUGGGGUCUGAAGAUGAUGCCACAUGUUUGUACUGUAAGGAACCUUACACUUUGUCAAAAAAUGGUGAGCCAUGGAUCAGAUGUUGUGGAUGUGCUGAAUGGGCCCAUGAACUCUGGGCUAGUUCUGAAAAUACAGUUGCUUAUAUUUGUGAAUACUGCCGUUAAGUUUUUUUUUUUUUUACUUACAAUUGUUAAUUUUUAAAUGCUUAAUAUACAACUGUUAUAUAUAGUUGUAACAUUGUUACUUUCCUACCUACACAGAUAUUUAUUUUAAUAGUUACCAAGUUGG